CUGAACUGAAGAUGACUAGCUGUUGACAUUCGUCUUUCAUCCCGGACCAGACCCAGUCAGGGGAGGAGCGGUCGGAGUUCCUGUCCCAGUCGCCGCCGCCGCGUGCUCAGAAAUGGCUAUAUCCGUCGCAAACCACUCUCCUCUCACUCCUCCUCGCCUGCUCUCCGCUUCCUUCUCUUCCAACCCCACAGAGCUAAGGCCCUCAGCUCCGCUGCUAAGUGCUCUGAAUCUCCUCCCAAGCCGUGGAAACCACGGUCUAGGGUUUUCAACUUCCCGUCUUCGUCCAGUCAAAAUCUGCAGCGCCCCUGCCAUGCGUCGCUCGCGGUUUCCCCUCGCCGCCCCAGAGGAAUCCGCGGGUUCCACUGUGGAUCGCGACGAUGGCCAGGAAAUGUUCGAAAAAGAUGAUAACCUGGGGGACUCAUUAAGUGUGAGUGAACUUAUUGAAGCUUACAAGCAAGCCAUUUUUUCGGGAGACGAGAGGAGAGUAUUUGAUAUUGAGGCUAAGAUGUGCAAUGUUGUAGUGAAGAAACAAGAAGUAGAUCAUACUAUUUCCUCUUUGUCGGCAGAGAUGAAUUCUGGUAAGGAACAGUAUGUGCGACUGCAAGCAGAUUUUGACAACUUCAGGAAGAGAUUUAACAAGGAGACGCUUACCAGAAGGAGUGAUGCACAAAAAGAAGUUAUUGAGAACCUUUUACCCGUGGUUGAUAAUUUUGAGACUGCUAGGAAACAAAUUAAACCGGAGACAGAGAAGGAAAAGAAGAUUGAUACUAGUUAUCAGGGGAUAUACAAGCAAUUUGUAGAGGUCUUGAGGAGCUUUCGCGUAUCUGUUAUUUCAACUGUUGGAAAGCCUUUUGAUCCCUCGUUACAUGAAGCUAUUGCUCGAGAGGAGUCUGAAGAGUUUAAGGCGGGCAUCAUCAUUCGAGAACUCCGACGUGGAUUUGUUCUUAAUGAUCGGGUUAUACGGGCAGCAAAGGUUAAAGUUUCAUUAGGUCCUGGGGGCAAGAAAGUAAAUGCAUCCACCAACGAACCUUCUAUGCAGACUGCGACAACUGUUGGAGGUGACGAUAAAUAGUUGUCAAUAAUACAAAGUUCUUUCCAAAGGAGAAUUUCAAUGACGAGGGACCGCUCUGGCUUGACGGGUACUUACGUUUUUCUUUGUGGUAAAACCAAUAUCCUGAUGUCAAGUCUUUUGGCGUUUCCUGUGUAGUCAUCGAAAGUUUACAGCUGCCUUUUUCAUCAUGAUACAUGUGUAAGGAUAAUAUCAAAGAGAUUAAGAAGGAUGAUUUCUAUGAAAUAGAGACAUUAGGUUAGGUCACUCGGGCCCUAACCUACCUAGCAAUUGAUGAUUUAUGAGCGUUAGUCUAUUUAUGGCUCUUAUUUUCUUCAACUCGACAUGUAUAUCUUGUCAUUUAUCGUUCAGAUGAGAUACCUUUAUUCUUAAUAUGAAUUAUAUAUUUAUUUA